AUGCCAGCUAGAGUCCCUUGCAGCUGCUGUAAUCAACAGUGUGAGCCUCAUCAAAUUGUUACGUGCUGUGUUUGUAAGCAGAAAUACAAGCAUUCCUGUGUGGAAAUCAGCGCAAAUGAGGUUCGUACUUUAAAUUCGAGCAAGGAGUACGAUUGGACUUGUAAGGACUGCAGAUCCAUAGGUAAAGACAUUAAUGACUUGAAGGCAUUAAUCAUCGAUUUGCAUAAUCAAAUAAAGGAUUUGAAAACUGAUAACACCAAAAAUGCAGAUUCAAGUUUUUCCAUGGAAGACAUCAUAUCUGAGAUUUCAGAGCGUGAAAGACGUAGAAACAACGUAAUAGUCUUUAAUGUCACUGAGCCUGAUCAAAAGCCAGAAGUGAGCAAAAUGAAUCUGAUAAAACAGUUGUCGUCAACUUGUUACGUGAAGCUGUCCCUGACGUGA